AUGAGUGUUUCUGUGAACUACCCUGAAGAAUUUGCUGGUUUUGCCGUGCUCGACACCAAGGACUGGAACAAGCCCAAGUACAUCACGUACAAGCCCAAGGCCUUUGGCGACCACGACAUCGACAUCGAGAUCGAGUGUUGUGGUCUGUGCGGAUCGGACAUCAUGACGGCGAUGGGCGGCGAAGGCUGGGGAGAAAUCAAGCUUCCGCAGGUUGUGGGCCACGAGAUCAUCGGCAAGGUGGUUAAGGUUGGCCCAAAAGUCAGUCCUCACAAGGUUGGCGACAGAGUCGGUCUGGGGGCCCAGGCUUUUGGGUGUCUGAGCUGCAGACGGUGCAAGGAGGACAAUGAGCAGUACUGCAAGGAUUCCGUCACCACGUACGACGGCGUGUACCCUGACGGCUACGUCUCGCAGGGAGGCUACGCCUCGCACGUGAGAGCACAUGAACAUUUCUGCUUUGCCAUUCCAGACGCUAUCAAAUCCACCGAGGCUGCUUCUCUGUGCUGUGCUGGGUUGACCGUGUACUCGCCUCUGAAAAGAUACAUUCCGACGAGUUUGCCUAACGGCGAGAAGCCGAAAGUGGCCGUUCUCGGUCUGGGAGGCCUGGGACACCUGGCGGUCCAGAUUGCGGCUGCUUUGGGAGCCGAGCCGUACGUUUUCUCGAGAACCGACGCCAAGAAGGAGCAGGCCUUGCAGCUUGGCGCCAAGGGGUUCGUGGCCACGGGAACCAAGGGCUGGGCCGACGAGUAUUUCGACCAGUUCGACCUUAUUCUCAACUGUGCCAUUUCUCUCUCUGGCCUUGACUUGGACAGCUUCCUGUCGAUUUUGAAGGUGCAGGGCAGAUUUGUCUCUGUUGGACUGCCGGCUGUGGAGGAGAAAUACGACGUUUCUCCGUUCACGUUUUUCUCGAACGGCUCGUCGCUGUGCUCUUCGAACCUCGGAUCCAGAAAGGAGAUGCUGGACCUGUUGGAGCUGUGUGUGAAGCACAACAUCCGUCCGUGGGUCGAGGAAGUCCCGAUCUCUGAGGAGGGCUGCAACACCGCGCUGACCAGAGCCUGGAAGGGAGACGUUCGGUACAGGUUUGUCUUCACGGAGUUCCACAAGGCCUUUGGAACGGGAAAGUAG